CAAACAAGGGUUUUGAUGUAGACAAAGAACAUCUUGAUAUUUUAUAUUGAAGAAAAACAAAUUCAAAUGUGAAACAAUUGUUUUGGAAACCAUCACUAAGGAGAUGGUAUAAAGAAGUUAUAACGAUCAGAAAUGAUUGACAUGUUCAUCUUACUGACUCUCCUUCAGAUGUUAUGGUUAAUUGAUGCACAUGACUUUACCUGUCCAUCGCAGUCACACUGGAAUCUUCGGGCAAAAUCCAUGUGUAAGCCGACAACAAACUAUACAUGUUUAUUUGACAUUAACUUUCAAAUAAAUGUAUACAGAGAUAAAUGUAACAGACCUAGAAUUCUAGGUCCUGGUUAUAAAUACGUCUUUCAGCCGAACUUAAACAGAGCAGCUUGUAGUCUAACUCGAUAUCAGCCUUUUAUUUUUGAGACAGUUGGGUAUAGUGACUGCGCCUUUCAAAAAUCACUUUGCAGCAGUCUAGGACAGCAGACGUUUGAAAACGGCGACACUACGAUCGACAGAAAAUGUAUUUGUAAUACCGAUAGAGGAUACAUUUUUGUCAUGAACUCGAACGACCAAUGUUACUGUAAUCCUUCAGCUGAAGAUUGUUCCUGCUAUCUAGGAAUAAAUCCAUACAAUGCAACGGUUGGAAGUGAAGAAAAAAAAUGCCAAGAUAGCAUGCAAAUGACAAGAAUCCGUUACUUAGGAGAUAGGUUUAAUAUAUCACGGACAAUAAAGAUAUUGGAGUUUGACAACUACAGAUACAACAUAAACUAUGCUCCUACAAUCGUUGUUUUGAUUAUAAUAGUAGGAAUUGAGCGACGAUGGAUAACAAUUAAUAGCAGUAAGUUAUUACCAUAUGUAGGCAACACGAGUGACUGGGGAGUAUAA